AUGGCCACCAUUUUCUACAGCUUAUUCAAGCUACAGGUACUCUUGUUUUUGCCUUUUCUUCUUCCCUCUGCAAUUUCAGUUUCUUUCCAAAUAUCUCGCUUUGAAUCCAAGGCGUCCAACAUACUCUAUCAAGGAGAGGCUGCACCUUCUGAUGGAGCCAUUGAGAUGUUCUCACCCUAUUAUUAUACCCGUGUUGGCCGGGCCACCUAUGUGGAGAGGGUGCCACUCUGGGACUCCAGCUCUGGAAACAUCUCCGACUUCACAACACAUUUCUCCUUCAUCAUUGACACCCUAGGCAGCCAUACUUAUAGUGAUGGGCUUGCAUUCUUCCUUGCUCCUGUUGGGUUUGAUAUCCCACCGAAUUCAGUUGGUGGCUAUCUUGGCCUAUUCAACUCCACAACCUCGAAUUCAUCUCAGAACCAAAUUGUUCUUGUGGAGUUCGAUUCUUACGCUAACCCGGACUGGGAUCCUCCAGUUGAGCAUGUGGGGAUUAACAGCAACUCAAUUGCUUCCGCCGUUUUCACACCUUGGAAUGCCAGCUUCCACAGUGGAGACACUGCUCAUGUAUGGAUCACCUACAAUGCUUCUACCAAGAAUUUGAGCGUCUCUUGGUCCUACAAAAGGACUUCUAGUUCUCAGGAGAAUACUAGUCUUUCCUACCCCAUUGAUCUCUCCAAGGUUCUGCCCGAGUAUGUCACAAUUGGAUUUUCAGCUGCAUUUGGUGUUGAAAAACAUACGCUUCUGUCAUGGGAAUUCAACUCAAGCUUGGAUAUAAAAGGGACAAGUGGAAAGAAAGAAAAAAAUACAAGAUUAAUCAUGGGUCUCGCAGCUUCUGGUAGUGUUUUGAUAGUUGGGUCAAUUAUAGCAUUUGCAAUAAUAUUCUGGAGGCAUAAGCAAAAGAGAAGAGAAACAGCAGAGACAAUGAACUUUACAUCGAUGAACAACGAUCUACAAAGAGGAAUGGGACCAAGAAGGUUUUCUUAUAACGAGCUUGCUUCAGCUACCCACAACUUUUCAAAAGAGAGGAAGUUGGGUGAAGGAGGGUUUGGCGCUGUUUACAAGGGGUAUUUAACUGAUAAUUUAGACAUGCCAAUCGCUGUGAAAAAAAUUUCAAGGGGGUCGAAACAAGGAAAGAAAGAAUACAUCACCGAGGUGAAGAUCAUUAGUCGACUAAGGCACCGGAAUCUUUUGCAACUCAUAGGAUGGAGCCAUGAUAACAAAGGUGAGUUCCUACUUGUCUAUGAGUUUAUGCCAAAUGGUAGCCUUGAUGCACACCUCUUUGGGAAGACGAGUCCUCUCCCUUGGGUAAUGAGAUACAAGAUAUCCCUUGGAUUGGCCUAUGCAUUGCUUUAUCUUCAUGAAGAGUGGGAGCAAUGUGUGGUGCAUCGGGAUAUCAAAUCCAGCAAUGUCAUGCUAGACUCUAGUUUCAUUGUCAAGCUUGGUGACUUUGGAUUAGCUCGGCUUAUGGAUCACGAGGUAGGACCCCAAACAACUAGGUUGGCCGGAACUUUAGGAUACAUGGCUCCAGAAUACAUAAGCACAGGUAGAGCUAGUAAAGAGUCGGACGUAUAUAGCUUUGGGGUUGUUGCAUUAGAAAUUGCUACCGGAAAAAGGUCAGGUUAUCCUAUUGAAAAUGAUUCUGACAUAGGGUUGGUCCAAUGGAUUUGGAAUCUUUAUGGGAGAGGAGAUCUUCUUUUGGCUGUGGAUGAGAAGAUGCAAAAUGAAUUUGACGAAAAACAGGUGGAGUGCUUAAUGAUUGUUGGUCUUUGGUGUGCUUACCCAGAUCGUUGUCUCAGGCCCUCCAUUAGGCAAGCAAUUCACGUUCUUAAUUUUGAUACAACAACACCAAAUCUUCCAAUACAGAUGCCUGUUCCUUUGUAUCUACCUAUACCAUUAGUCAGCUCUGGUGAACCUUUGAUAACUACAAGCCUUGAAGAGGGUCGUUAAACAAGUGAACCAUCUUGGUUUGUGAAAGUACGAUAUAUAUGAAGAUCAUCGGCGACUACAAUACUCUCUAGAUCUUCUCUAGAAUUCUCUCCUUGCUGGCUUAUCAUGAUCAAUUUCCACUGCAGGUGAUCUCUCCUCUUCUUCUUUUAAAAGUCUUUCUUUGCAGAUUUGUUUACUCAUUUAACUAGUCGCUUGAACCUUUGUUAAGAUUGGUGGACUUCGUCCCUGUAUGUAAGCAUUUGG